AUGACGACCAUUGACAAGAGCACGCUCAAGGACAUCAAGCUCGGCUACGCGUCGUGCUCCAUUGGGUACGACGAGUCGCACACCCUGCCGGUCAGGUUCGAUGCAAUCCGCGCGGCGGGCUUCCACGCCGUCGAGAUCUCUAUGCGCGACGUUUGGCCAUUCGCGAACCAGUUCAUGGGCAAGCCUGUGGCGGAGGACGACUACGACACGCUGUGCGUUGUCGCAGAAGAAGUCCGCCGCAUGGCCGACGAGCGCGGCCUCCAGAUCAUCAUCCUGCAACCGUUCCUCACCUUCGAGGGCUGGCCGCUCGGGAGCCCUGAGCGCGCCGACGCAUGGCACCGGAUCCGCGGUUGGGCGCGUAUCAUGAAGGUUCUCGGUACCGACCUGCUUCAGAUUGGAUCUACGACCUCAUACGACACUAUCCCGGAGCGCAUGGUACCCGACUUGCAGGAGUUGUCGGACUUCUUCGCAACGCUCGGCCUCCGCAUCGCAUACGAAAACUGGUGCUGGUCCGUGCACGCGCCGGCAUGGCAGCAGGUCUGGAAGAUCGUGCAGGAGGUCAACCGCCCCAACUUCGGUCUCUGCCUCGACACCUUCCAGAUUGCAGGCGGCGAGUGGGCGGACCCUCGUCGGGAGUCGGGUCUUGUCGACAAGCCCGCCGCCGAACUCGAGGCUUCAUGGCGCGCCAGCCUGGCCGUGCUCGCAUCCGUUCCCAAGGAGAAGAUCUUCAUCUUCCAGGUUUCAGACGCGUACCGCCCGUCACCGCCGAUCCCGAACCGCAUCAUUGACGGGCUUACGCCGCAAGGAUACUGGAGCCGCCGCUUCCGUCCCGUUAUGGGAGAGGGGUACCUUCCCUGCACGGACAUCGUCGAGGCUGUGCUCCAGACCGGCUACCGCGGGUGGUACUCCAUCGAGGUCUUCGACCGCGGCUCGAAGGGCGAGGGACGGGUGUACGACCUCCCCGCAUUUGCCCUGAACGCGAAGAAGAGCUUGUUCCACGCCAUCGAGGAGUCUCUUGCUCGCGAUGAUGCCCGUGUUGCCGCCGCACCCAAGCGCGAGUCCACAUUUACGGCGAUGUCGCGGUAUGGCGUUGGCCUCAUCCUCAGCGUCGGCUUCGCUCUCUCGUUGUUCCCGGUUCACGUAUAA